AUUACCAAUUAUAACAUUCCCGAAGUUACAACUAAAUUUUAUUAUAAAGCAAAAUGGCCAUCAAUUUGAGAGCCAUAAAUUGGAGAGCCGCAACGGUAAAAGUAAUGUUGCUAUCAUUUUUCUAUUACGCGCGAUUAUGUGGCGUCUGUGCUUUUACUUAUCGCAAAACGCCGAAUGAAGAAGCAUACGAAACAUUAUCCAGUUACAGUUCUAAUACUAAAAUAUAUACCGUUAAACAAUGCAAGUGGUACAAAUGGUUUUUCGGCAUUUUGCGAAUGUUAGGAGCCAUCGGUUAUAUUUAUGGCACACUUAUGAUGUGGUAUACCGCCGAUCACUUCUACAAUCUCAUCACAUUCCUACAGACUAAUCUGAUGGCCAGCGGUUCCGUUAUUAUGAGCAUUUCUUUUCUGCUAUGGGGAGAAAAAUUCGCCCACAACAUUAACUAUUUCCUAUGCAUCUUCCGACGAGCCCAAGCCUUAGAUCCACAACAACAAGUAAUGGGUUUGCAACAGCUUACAUCACUGCUAAUCAUAAAUAUUUGUGUUCUGAAUGCUGCCUGGGGUUUUCUGGUAAUCUUGGACUACACGGAUUGGCGGGAGUUCGCGGUGGUGGUGAUAAAACUCUACCUCGAAAUUGGCAUAGUUCUGAGUCUGCACAUAGUGAGUAUCGGUUAUAUGUGUGUUGGUUCACUCUACACUUAUAUGAACCGUUAUAUGCGUGAGGAUCUCUUACCGCGCGCCCGAAGUUUGGAUUAUGUGCUGAGACGUAACAAAUCGUAUUGUUCACAACGUUAUGCGCGUAAGCUCAUACGUUUGACCAGAGAGCUGAAUAACUGUGCGAGCAUUUAUAAUGAUAUCUAUCAGGUGGCAACGACUUUUCAUCAAAAUAUACGCUUUCAAAUAUUAUUCGCCCUCAUGUUCGACUUCAGUCUGCUUACGACGAUUAUGUACAGCAUUUUGUAUUUGCACACGGUGGUCCAGGUUUUCGAUUGGGACGCCGUGGUUUUUUGCAUUCAAAUCAUUAUCGAAGUGCUCAUCAUGAUUUUGUCGGCAUAUUCAGCUGUACAGGGUGGACUGGGUGCUAAUAAAUUGAGUUUGGAUUCGGUGUAUAUGGGCGGUGAUACCGAGUGGAAUCGAAGUGUAAGUUUUCUAAGUUAUAUCGUUGAAAUAUUCAUCAAUCGCAUGAAUUUGUACGAGUUCAAACCGAACGUUUUGGGUUUCUUCGACAUUUCCAGCGAUAUUUUGGUUAUGUUUCUCUCGGCCUCCGUAACCUAUUUAACCUAUAUACUCCAAAAUACGAAAUUAAACCAACAGUAAAUAUUGACACACGAAAAUGCAACCAUGCGGAUCGUUAUGACUCGCUGUAAGCGCCAAUUGCGGUACCGUUGCGGUUAGCAACCGUAUUCCGUGCGAAACACAAACAAGUAUUCUGGGGUUCGCGUCACGCACACCUACGAAAAUAACCGAAUAUAUAAUUACAACAAUUACAGAAUAUAAAUAAAUAUUACUAGCACAUACAUAAAAUUAUGGAUGUGAUUUGAACCCUCGAGUCAAGUGGCAUAAUCACCUGGCGAAAUCGUUCAAUCACCAUCCCUCUCAACUGCGAACAAGGUCCACCUGUCUCUCCGGCUGAGGCGUUUUUCGGUUCGUGUGACUUACUUGCAUGCGAGGAAAACGUUAAAUUGCAUGUGUACAACAACAACAACAAUAAUAAUAAUAAUAAUUCAACGCUUUUGCAAUCCUAGUAGUCGCUUGAAUUAUUCUACGCGACCGUAUCGUGUCCAAAAAUUGCGGUUAAUAGAGCGUUCCGUUGCCCACAUCUGUGCCACAUUAUCGUACAACCUACGUAGCAGCCGUGACGGUGUGGCCGGUUGUCUGUGAAAAUCCGAUGGGAAACAGUUGAGACACGUUGUUGCACAAUUUCAUGGCACAUACCAGUGAAGUACAUACAUGCAUAUAUAGAAACAUAUUACCAACUAUAUAUACUCGUAUAUACAAACAAUUGUCAUGCUACUUGCCACAAAUGGUAAGUCGAAUGUUGACCAACGCCUUGCUUUUUUAUUAUUUAUUGUACAUUACUUUAAAAUACUUAAACAUCUCACAUAUUUGUAGUUUUA